AUGAUUGACACCUUCCGAGAUUCGACUGUAGGGCUUUUUAUCAACGCUGCUUCCGGUGGUCGAUUCCUCCCUUUCCCAGAACAACGGCCGGGAUGGCAACUACCAGCAAACCUCCAGCUCUCGAAAGCGAUUUCUUCGUCGUCCGAUACCAUCGUCUCUGAGAAGCGGGAUUCCAUAGCUUCACCGUCAAAGGAUCAUUUGAAUGAUGUGACGGACUCUACUCGCACGUCCACCAAUGCAUUCCAGUCAUCCGAGUCAGAGCAAAAGUCGUUGUCGUUCGUUGAGAAGGGCCAGGUUGAUGUGAGAGUCGACAUGCUUAGAGAAGACACCAUUCAAGAACCUGUAUCGGGGACGAUUGUGGACUGGUAUGAUGAGCAUGACCAGGAGAACCCACAGAACUGGAGUCUGAGGAAACGGAUAUUUGUCCUUGGGCUGGUGUCUCUCCUUACAUUUAGUGUAUACAUAGGUUCUGCUAUCUACACACCCUCAAUACCAGGGGUGAUUGAAAAGUUCAAUGUGUCAAAAACGACAGCCACACUUGGUCUAUCGUUAUAUGUGAUUGGAUACGGUGUCGGCCCUCUGAUAUUCAGUCCACUGUCGGAAGUUCCCUCUAUUGGCAGGACACCUGUGUAUAUGGCGACGCUCUUGAUAUUCGUGGUCCUUCAGCUUCCAACGAUCUACGCCCCUAAUAUCCAGACUCUGCUCGCGAUGAGAUUUUUUGCUGGAUUCUUUGGCUCACCAGCUCUUGCGACAGGAGGAGCUUCUAUCCAAGACAUGUUCCCGAUUGUCAAGUUACCUUACGCUCUCAUCGCUUGGAGUGUUGGCGCUUUGUGUGGACCCGUUCUCGGACCCACAAUCGGUGGAUUCGCAGCGCAGAACAGAAACUGGACAUGGCCACUUUGGGAGCUAUUUUAUAUUGGCGUGUUUGCUUUCAUUGUCCUCAUGCUCUGGCUCCCCGAGACCAAUGCCGAGACCAUUCUCUUGAAGCGCGCCCGCCGCCUACGAAAGUUGACUGGUAACCCCAACCUGUUCAGUGAAAGCGAAAUUAAGCAGUCGCAAAUGAAGCCUUCCGAUGUAUUGUUUGAGGCACUCUUACGUCCUUUCCAGCUCAUGAUUGAGCCCGCGGUCCUGUACGCCAAUGUUUACCUCGGAUUGGCCUACGCCAUCUUCUAUCUGUGGUUCGAAGCGUUCCCGCUUGUGUACAACGACAUCUAUCACUUCAACCUCGGCCUCUCUGGUCUUCCGUUCAUGGGUCUCUUGGUUACGUGUUUCUUCACGAGCUUUGCUUAUGUGUGCUGGAACUAUUAUCGCGUCGAACCCGAAUUCAAACGAACCGGGUACAUCGUCCCCGAGUCACGCCUUGCUGUGGCUCUUGUUGCGUCUGGAUUCAUCCCAGCCUCUCUCCUCAUCUUUGGAUGGUCUUCUCGUGCAGAUGUUCACUGGAUUGUCCCUACCAUCGGUGCCGCUCUGUACCUCCCAGGACUAUUUCUCCUCUUCCAGAGCAUUCUUGUCUAUCUCCCUUCAUCAUACCCAAAAUACGCUGCUUCAAUUCUCGCGGGAAAUGAUCUCUUCCGGUCGACAGUAGCUGGCUGCUUCCCUCUCUUCGGUACGCCUCUCUAUCACAGGCUCACCAUUGGCGGCGGGUGCUCCCUACUGGCCGGUCUUUCCAUUGCAUUGAUUCCCGGACUUUUUAUUCUCUACAAAUACGGUGGUAAACUUCGGGCUAGAUCGAAGUACACCUCUGAUCUCUGA